AUAUAAACACGACAUAGAGGAAACCGGUUCAUUACUGCUCAUCAAUUCUCUUACUAUGAAGGAUUCAAAUUUUGUGAGGUAUACUUUCGAAUUACAAAAAAAAGAGAAAGAGAAUGCCAAUAAAAACCAAAUAUCUGAAGAAUAUAAUGGAUGCGAAUUUAAAAAGGACCAAGACGGGGAGUACAAAAUGCAAACUGGACAAAUAAAGAAGAAUGAAGGGAGUACUUCAAAACGUCCGAUCAAAGAGGGGAAAGAUGCAUAUUAUCAUGUGCAACAAGGAAUACGAGUGGAUAGUUCAAAUACCAUUGACCUCACCAUUACGUCACUCGACAAAAGUAAAGAGAAAAGUUAUAAGAAGGUGAUACAAAAUGAGAGAUCUAAAGAAUAUAAUGAAAGCAAAAAAAUAAAAGAGCGAGUGGUCUCUUUCGAGGAGGAACGAUUUGAAAAACAACAACAACAACAACAACAACAAGAGGACAUCAACGAUGAGUUCGAGCUAAACAUUCUGACAAGUAGUGAUAGUCUCCCGGAUAAUACUAAUCAUAUUUUGAAGGACAACAACAUCGAUAGUGACUCGAAACUUCCCAUAAAUGAUGAAACAGAUCAAAACUACUAUCGCUUGAAGCAAGGGGUACCAAGGAGCACAAAAUUUCACUCCAUUAUUGAUAUAUACAAGCAUACAAAGAGACUCUCAUCAUCUGAACAAGAAUAUAAUUGGAGUUGUCUAAGUACUUUAGAGAAACAGAAAUCUGAAGUACACAAUGAAGGUAAAAUGGGAAAGGAUCAAGUUAACACUAUCAAGGAGAUACUACCCAACAAACAAAAACAAAAAAUUAUUCAUGGUGACUUUGAGAGCCUUGGUGAACAUAGACAGGAGGAUAAUUCUAAUCAUAUCUUAAUGGAGGAUAACAUUGAUAAUAGAUCAAAUCUUUCAAUGAAAGAGAAAAAAGAUGAAGACGACCAUUUGAAUAAGGGACUAUCAGAGAGUACGUUGUUUAAAUCCCUUUUUGAUUUAGGCGAGGUGAUAAUACAAUAUGAGACAUCUCGAUCUGAAGUACCCGACGGAAGUAUAACAAGAAAGGAUCAUGAGGACUCUAUCGAAGAGGAACAACAACAACAACCAAACAAUAUCAUUGGUGAAGAUAGUCUUCCGAAGAUUAAUCCUGAUUGUGUUUUAAACGGCAAUGAUGCCAAUUGUGGCUCAAAACUUUUGACAAGAGAUGAAAAUGGUGGGAACUAUCGUAUCACACAAGGACUACCGAGAAGUAUAAAAUUUCGUUCCAUUAGCAAUCUCUAUGAGUGUACUACCAGGCUUUCACCUGUUGAAGAUGAAUAUAAUUGGAAUCUUCGGAGGGGAGAAGAUUCAAUUAUGAAUCACUUGAAAAAAGAAGACUCAAGUGGCAAAAAGAAUUUCGGUUGUAAGAGAAAAUGUAGAGAAAACCAAAAAGGCAAGGGAAUAAAGGAUGCUACAACUUAAUUCGUUCACCUCCAAUGUUGUAUUUCAAUCAUUUCUUUGAAUGUUGAAUUGUGUCAAUUCAUUUACAAAUUUAAGUUUAAGUCACCUUAUAAACUUUGUCAAUUGCUUCUUCAGUUGUACUUUCUUCAUU